GACUGCGGGUGGCGCCAUUCCAAGUUUUUGGGUUACAAUCUAGGGAAGCUUAAUGUAGUCUUCACAGUUUUCGAAUCUUGGUGUAACAGUUUAGCGUCAAUAGUAGUGACAAUGGCAGUAAUUUUAAUUUUUUUGAUUUUCUGUCUCUGUGUAGGUGCACUUGAAGUUAUUGAUGCCUGAUGGAUCAUUCUUUGAGCAUAAAUAUGACCAAGAUACUACAGUUGAGCAAAUUACUUCUUCUUUGUUCAGUGAUUGGCCUGAUAGCUUGGGAAAGAGGCCAGAUUCAAAUCACUUGAAACUUAUUUUUCAAGGCCGAUUUUUGCAUGGCGCUCUCAAACUGUCAGUGUAUUUAUUAUAAUGCUCCUAGUUUGUGUCAUGUCUGUUAUUUUUCCUGAUAGUGUCAUGUGAUACGCUUUGUUUCAACCUACUGUAAAGGACGAAAUUGAAACUACCUUCCGAAACGAUUACAAUGCAUUUAAUUCAACAUAAAACGAUGCCAUUGGCAAGGAUAAAUGGUCAACAAAAACGAUUCAAAAGAUGUUGCCCCCUGAAUUGUUUAUGUCUACAUUGAGGUCAUUGUUACUCUUCAUUUGCUUGUCUCUACAAUUAUCUGGACGUAGAUUAUGCCAAUGUCUUUCUUCAGCAGGCCACCAAGUUCCUCCAUUUUUCAAAAAAUAUUCAUAAUUUCUUAGUAGAAAAACAAUACCCUACAGUUUAUGUUGAUUGUUUUAAACCUAGUCACAUUAAGUCAGCAAUGAGUCGAAACAUUCCUAUCCUUCUCUCUCAUAUUCAACCCUUCUUUUUCCUCUUCAACAGGCUUCUAGCAAUCAAAAAGAAUUAUAAAACAAUUGAAGAUCUUCUAAUGCAGUAUUUCUUUAUUUAGAGAUAGAAAGAUAAAUAAUAAAUAUUAAUAGUGAAAUGUUCAUUUAUUCAGUUUACUAUUCAUAUUUUGUCUCUUAUCCUUUACAUUUUAUUUAUGGUGUGCAUCUUUGUACAAAUAAAAUAAUCUCAUUAUGUAAUCAUUAUUGACAUGUCAAAUAUUGAACUUUUGUAGAUGUAAAUGGGUAGUUUAUUCUUAAUGUAGUAUCUUUGUUUUAAUAUCCUAAUUUAUUUUAAUUGCUGUUUCAUUAGCAAUGAGUAGAUUUAUAAAAAGAUGAUAUGCUUUUUUGAUCUUCACUGUCUUCUACUUUCCUACUUGUUUAUCAUGACAUGUACACUUCCUGUUUAAGAUGUGCAAUAUAGUACUUAGAGUAUUAA